AUGUUCUCUGGUUCGUACCUGAACUCGUGGUCUUCGCAUCUCCACCCUUAUGUCCCUCCUCAACCCCCUCCACCACCCGUCAUGCACAAAGUUUAUAUCCUCGACUGCGCUCAUUGCAAGACCUUCCUUACAAAUCGGGGGAUGAAGGCGGUAUUGUUGCUCAGGCCUAGUGUAGCCCUUUACUCCAGCGACGCCCUCCCAGUCAAUUGCUCUGUCUACGCUUCCCCUCAAGCCCUCCGCUCAACAUGUCCUGCGCCACCCAAUAAUCGGAGUUGCGAGUGUCUGACCCAGUCUCUCGCUUGUCAUACCUGUGGUGCUUUUGUAGGUUAUGCGAUUGUUUUGCCCUGUGUGCGAUGUACCUCUUCAAUCUCGACCCCAAAUCGCUCAACGAAUGGUCAUCGAUUCGUCUUCCAUUCUGCAGAGAUCGUUGGGACUGAGAGGCAUUAUAUCCACCAAGAGACUGGAGUCAUGGUGACGAGCCCUCCCCCCUUAGCCGCGGCACUCCACAACACAGUCUACUACCGUUCUCCAGCAACCUCACAUCAUUCGCAAGCGUUGGCAGCUGUUUCACGUCCGGAGUAUUUGGAGACCCCGUCAUUGGAUGGCGAAGACUCAGACCCACCAUCACCAGUCGCCGCUUCUUUCUCCGGCAGUUCGGCAGCCUAUCCCGCUCAAUUGCUGCCCGUCAACCAAGCCACACCCUUAUCAGCGAGCUGCCUCUCCAGCCUCGUCAGAAUCGAGUACCGUCAGCUUACCUCCCCUCGUUCAACACAGUCCCCCCUCAUUUGGUUUGCCUAUGGAACACUUUGA